GCCUGAGCAGAGGCGGGAAAUGGCGCCUGCAAAAACAACUGUGUGUCAUUUCGAAGGAGACGACCCGUAAGCAGCUGGACACAGAGGGAAAAGUCUGCCACAAUUGCAUCGCGACAACAACCACUGCCUCUGUUGUGAUGGUUAAGUGGUUUUGAGUCGUUACCUCCAAAUACUGCGGAUCACUAAACCUUACAUGUGACUUCUAAAACAAUGAGGCUGAGAAUGCGCAAGGCGUCUCAGCAACCAAACCCCACUCUGGCCAGCCGCCCAUCGCGGACCAAGCGGAGGCAUUCAGAAGUAGAAGAGGACACUCCUACUAGUGGGGGGAGAGGCCUGUUCUCGACCAUCAAGAAGUUCAUCAGAGGAAAUGCUGUUAAGGUACAGGAGGAAAGUCCAGCCAAGAAGACGCGCCUCCACUGUGACGUGGACAACAACCUGAUCACCUCUACACCGCCAAACACCAAUGCCCCUCGCAGGACUAUCAGCAGGGUUAACAGAAGAGGCUCCAUCAAUGGACAGGCCACCAACCAUGACAGGAGUAAGGAGAAGCCCAACGGCAGUCUGGAGGAGACAAUGGCUGUUGAGGUGACGAGCCCUCCCAGGACUACUCUUCUUGGGACCAUCUUCUCUCCAGUUUUUAACUUCUUCUCGCCAGCUAAAAAUGCCCCUUCUGGCUCAGACUCUCCAGACCAGGCAUUGGAGGCUGAGGAAAUAGUCAAGCAGCUGGACAUGGAGCAACCUGUAGAGAUGCCCACCAGCACAGCCACAUCCACACAGGAAAUGUGCACCACCACUACCUUCUACUCUAGUGUAUCACAGCUACCACCUCUACGACCACCACACAUGUCUGAGGUGUCUCCCACAGUAGAGGAGGGAGAGCUUGAUGCAGAUUCUGACCUCCCGCCCCUCACAGCUCCAGGCUCCAGUCCAGAUCUGGCAUAUGUUGACUCUCCUCCCAGUGCUGUUCCACCGGAGGCAUCUUAUGAGGAAGACUGGGAAGUCUUUGAUCCGUAUUUCUUCAUCAAGCAUGUCCCUCCACUGACAGAGGAGCAGCUCACCCGUAAGCCAGCCUUACCUCUGAAGACACGCAGCACGCCUGAAUUCUCUCUCGUCCUGGAUCUGGAUGAAACCUUGGUGCAUUGCAGUUUAAAUGAGCUGGAGGAUGCAGCUCUUACUUUCCCUGUUCUCUUUCAGGAUGUCAUUUACCAGGUGUAUGUGCGCUUGAGACCAUUCUUUAGAGAGUUUUUGGAACGCAUGUCUCAAAUCUAUGAGAUCAUACUUUUUACUGCCUCUAAAAAGGUUUACGCAGACAAACUGCUCAACAUCUUGGAUCCUAAAAAGCAGCUAGUGAGACAUAGGUUGUUCCGUGAGCAUUGUGUCUGUGUCCAAGGAAACUACAUCAAAGACCUCAACAUCUUAGGUAGAGAUCUGUCAAAGACGAUAAUCAUCGACAAUUCACCACAAGCCUUCGCAUAUCAGUUGUCCAAUGGAAUUCCAAUAGAGAGCUGGUUCAUGGACAAAAAUGAUAAUGAGUUGCUGAAGCUGGUGCCGUUCCUGGAGAAGUUGGUAGAGAUGAAUGAAGAUGUGCGGCCACACGUCCGAGAGCGGUUCCGACUCCACGACCUGUUGCCUCCUGAUUGAACUUUACCACGGUUGCUCAGUAACAGGACAACAUGCGUGUAAAAAUGCCCUCUUGGGAUCAGAUACUACAACAUUGCCAUUAUUGUCAAACCUUUACCCUUUUCUUUUUAUUUUAAAUCCACAAUUGCUUUUUAAAAGAAAAAACUUAAAGAGAAACAUUUUUAAUGAACUGGGUGACAUUUUCUAAAUAUAUAGAUGAAAUUACGCACUAUGAACAAGCCCAGUUAUUCUCUUUUUGACUGACUUUCCAGCUGCAGAGCGGGAUAUCGCCUCCAUGGUAAAUUCUGAUGUUUUGGUGCUGGCUUAGUGGAUAUUAUAAGGCCACCUGGCAAAGAGGAACUUCACACUUUAAGUCCAAGAAACCAUCCCUGGUGCUUGUGUGCUGACACUGAUGAAUAAUGACACUCUGUGGCUACAGACCAUUUUCAGCUGGAAUGACUGGCCUGUAAAUCAAUCUGUGCAUGUGUGUAUGUUUACUUCUAGCCACACACACACUCACUGAUUUGGUGUUUGGCAAACCUAAAAUCUGUAGCCUUUAAAACCAUAUGCAUUCCUCUGUAGCUGAGUCAAGUUUCUAUUGUUGGUUGCAGUUUUUUCUGGUAAAACUGGUGUUGCAUUGUUUAAAAAAUGGUUACAAUGUUUUACUUCUGUUUGUAAGAUAUGACAUUUUAAAAGGGGUCAUGUAUGUUUUUAUUGUACACAUUUCCUAUUAGGAGAACAUGGGUGCAUAUUAUUGAGUCCAUAUCAUAGUCAAAGGAAAUGGAAUUAACUUAGGACUUGAACGUUCUUGUUCUUCUAAUGAUUAGAUGUUAAACUCAGUGUUUUGGCUUCACUGUGCGACUCAACUUGGCUCCCUUAUUACUUGUUAGGUUUAAGAAUCUUAACGGUAAAUCAGACAUUGUAAAGGUUUGAUGGCAUUUGUUGUCAGCGAUAACCUUUUUUUUUCUUUAAGUUUUUCAUUUGUCUAUCAGUAUUGUCUUUUAUUCCUAAUCAAGUAUUCUGGCUAAAUUUGAACGGUUUCUUUCAGUUGCGGUAUGUAAUUUAAUGGCUAAUAUCAGUAGCAUUAUGACUAAUGUAGCAUUUGUCUGCCUGUGUGUCAUAAAGUCUACCUGUGGUAGAAGUCUAUGGCCAGACCUUUGCCAGCCACACCUGGCACCAGUAGCAUACUGGUUGUUGUCUCAUCCCCUCUUCAUGUUUGUUUCCAGCUUUUUACUUUUUGUAUUUUAAGCUUUUUAGUUUUUUUUCCAGUUGAGCACAGUUUAAAGCGACAUGUUUAAGAAUGGUAACUAUAUGAAUGUGUUUCUGCCCAACUUUGACCUGGACACCAAACUGACUUCUUACUUGAGUUACUAAUUUAUUCAAUAGUGAGUCAGACAGUAGGCAGAAACCUUUGGUGUUGGGAACCUCUCAAGUCUAAACCUGUGGGGUAAAAACAGGCAGGUUUCUGUCAUUCGGUUUGACAUGCUGUAUCACUGAACGUUUUAAAAGCUUACUCAAAGUGCAUUUUAUGUUGAAGCAAAUGAGUAGAUUUGUCUUUGUUGCCUGUACAGUGCCAUACAACUCAUCUUCUAACACGUUUCCCUGUGUGCCCACCCCAAAAUGCUUAGAUGGAAAGAGACAAUCAGACCUCAGAGCUCUGCAGAUACAAAAGUCUGGAGAUGCCUACGCUUGCCCCGUUCUUUUUUGUUUUGGUGCAGUAUAUGUUGUUUACUGUGGUUCCCUUGAGUUGUAGCCUGAGUAAAUCCGUUAAGUGAAUCCCACUGUGGCCGGUCAUGGGUUGUGUUAAGUAAAGUUCUCGACCGCUCAGCGCCCCCCAUACGUUUGCCUCGUGUCACUAAAGUAGGACUUCUCGAGAGUAGAAUCACUUUGUAUUCAAGUCAAUUUUGUACAAGGCACAGUGGCGUUUACUUUGUGUAAAGUUAUGAGUACUCAUGGCCAGACUAUGAAUGUAACUUGUACAUGGGGUGAAGCGUCUCUCAAUUCCUUUCAUUCUUUCCUCAUCAUCAGCUACAACAUAGUUGAGUGUGAAUGGCAUCUCACGUCUGCCUUUCAGAUGUUGAGGAGUCUGACGAACAAAGUUCCUGGAUGAGGAGGUGUCUUGAGGUCCCGCCGUGGUCGCCCUGUCCCCCUCCCCAUGCCUGCCCUCCGUUAGUAUGCAAGCCUCACUGCGAGCGAGGGUGCACGUAGCCCAGGUUAGCGGUCGCGGCGGCCUGAGAGAUGUUUCUGAAGGACACGAAAGAGGCGUUCCGUACUUUUCACCCAGCUCAUUUUUAUGUGCAUUACCAGUUUAUUGUACACUGAGUGUUGUACAAUACAUGCAGCUUCAUGUUGAAAAAAAACAACCUUAAAAUAAGGAAAAUCUUUUGUAUUUUUGAUUUAAAAAGGCAUGUCAUAUCUACUUUUUAAUGUAUCAAUGAAGAUUUAACUUUACAUCCGAUGGAGUGUUUUUUUUUUUUUCUUACAAAUACCUGUAUGUUUAGUUUAGAGCUGUCACUGAACUGUUAAACUUAGCAUGUAGAGAAUACAGCUUGCUUUGUGGGAAAGUCCUGAAUUAAAUUGAAAUCAUGGCACUUUUUCUGCAGAAAAUGGUGGUAAUGACUUUCUUUUUCCAACAUCUGUUAAGCCAUGUUACUGCUACUUGUGCUGAAGAUGUGUUUGAAUUGUUUUAAGACAUCUUUGUUAGCCAUCGGGCUAUAUGUUAUUGUAAAGUGUAUAUACAGUUACUGACUUUCUGAAACAAAGUUUUAAAGUUAAGAAACCUCCCGCA